AUGAACAACUACAGCUUCCUCUCCUCCGACUCGAACCCCAACAAUCCAAAUCUACCCCAAAACAUGCAGCAAAACAUGCAGCCGCGUGCACCGCCGUCUCCAUCACCGUCGCAAGCUGGUUCACAAUACAACGGCAAUGGCGCGCAGCAGAAUGGCAUACCCAUGGUCAAUGGACUACCCAGUGGGGGCCAACAGACGGAUAUGAAUCAUCUGUGGGCAGUUGUACAGCAACUCAGCCAGGUCCUGGAAGACAACAAGCAACAAACAAUCGGCAUCGUGAACGGCGUCAAUGCCGUGCGGGCCAGGGCCGCGGAAGAAGGAGGACCUGUGAAUGGCACCUUCAGACAAGUCAAUGGCGAGCUAGAUGCGGCAACACGCAACGCCGAAAUCGCACACCUCCAAUCCCAACUGACCCAGACACAAAAUCACCUCGCGUCCCUCACAUCCUCGAACAGCGCGCUUCAAUCCUUGCUCACAGACUACGAGAACGCGCUCACCCUGCUUCUGGAUAAACUUCGACCGUAUGCGUAUAACCAGACAUCUUCGAUCCUCGCGCUGCACAAACACUACCAGCGCUUACUCGAGGAGGAACGCGGCGUAAGCAUGCAGCUGCGCCUCGAACACGCGGAGUGGCAGGCUGGACUGGGCAGGGUGGCGGAUUAUGCGAGGACGGCGCUGAAGACGCAGGGCGAGAGCGAGGAGGAGUUGAGGAGGGAGAUUAGGGGUCUUAAAGAGGAGAACAGGGUGUUGAGGGGGUUGUGUGGGUGGGAGGAGAGGGAAGAGGAAGAUGAGGAUCAGGCCACAUUCUUGCCCUUGUUUAAAUCCGGCAACGUCGUGUUCGAGCUCGGCGGCGGAAUCGGCACCAGAUGA